GUGACUCAAAAGUCUUGUUCGUCUUUUUCAAUAAGGAGAAAAUUACAAAAGUGCUGGGAUUUCUAUCCUUUUGGCAUGCACGUUGGGGCAAUUAGCUGAGUCUUUGAGUGAGAAAGCUUAUUAAAUGUUACAUAAGACCUAACAUCGUUCAGCCCAACUGUUCCAAAGAGCAAAGACUUCCUUUACAAAGCACAUACACCUAGAAGACACAUACAAUGGAGUCUCACGAACACAGGUGAUAUAUAUAGUAAGUGUCUUAACUACCUUUUUCUUGUUUAGACAUUUGAAAUGAUUCUCGUAUUCUUUUUUGCGUCCGUUCUUCUCUCAUGUCUACCUUUCAUUCACUCUGCUACAAACCACAACACUUCCAUUCCUAUCUGCCCAAAAAGUUUCACUUGCCCAAAUUUGGAACCAUUUAGUUACCCAUUUUAUAACGCCAAUGACACACAGUGUGGGUUGAUUAAGGUCAAUUGUACUUCAAAUGGUACAAAUCUGAAUUUCAGAGGAGAUUUAUACGAGGUUGGAGGCAACUAUAGAUCUGAUUCUCGUCCAUCCGUCCUGGUCCUUGUCCUUAACAAAAAGUUUGAAAAACUUGUAAAUGAUAAAAAGUGUGAGGCACUUGAGUAUAAUUUCACUUCUCCAAGUCCUCUUAUGUAUUCUAGUUCAAUCACACCUUUCACCAAUGUCUACAAAUGCACCAACAAUACCAAUUAUGCUGAAGAAAUGGAUGCUUAUUUUAACCAAUCUACUUACAAUAGAUACACCAGAUGCAAACCAUACAAUUUCUAUUAUAAGUCUAACAUAAGCGAUACAACAGUUCCAACUCAUCUCCCACCUAUAUGUGAAAUCAUACAGCUGCCUGUGAAUGUGCAAUUUAAUCGCACCAGAAUACCCGACAAAACCGACAUAUUUUCUCUUCUUGGUUUUGAAUUCACCAUUACAUUUAAUUUGUCAAGUUCCUGCAAUGAAUGUCGCAAUAAAGACGGCCAGUGUGAUACUCGCGAUGGACAUUUUCAGUGUUUAGGCACCAAAAAAAGAAAACCCAAUCAGAAAACAGCUGAAACAUAUCCUAGUUCUCGCUGGAUCUGCGUUCAUCCUCAUCCUCUUUAUUAUGGUAGUAUUUUCUUCGGUGUCUCUGUUUUCUCCUAUACGGAACUGGAAGAUGCCACCCAGAAUUUUGACCCUUCUCAGGAACUAGGGAAUGGAGGUUUUGGAGCUGUUUACUAUGGUAAACUCCAAGAUGGGAGAGAAGUUGCAGUGAAGAGACUUUACGAGCACAAUUACAAACGAGUCCAACAAUUUGUGAAUGAGAUUAGAAUCCUCACCAGAUUACGCCACCCCAACCUUGUGGUGCUGUAUGGUUGCACCUCUCGACAAAGCCAUGAACUUCUCCUUGUGUAUGAAUACAUCUCCAAUGGAACUGUUGCAGAUCACCUCCAUGGCAAACAAGCAAAUUCAAGCUUGCUGACAUGGCCGUUGAGGAUGAACAUAGCCAUCGAAACUGCCAGAGCGUUAGUGUAUCUUCAUGCCUCUGAAAUCAUACAUCGAGAUGUCAAGACUAGUAACAUUCUCCUUGAUCAGAAUUUCAGUGCCAAGGUAGCGGACUUUGGGCUCUCAAGGCUCUUACCGAAUGAUGUCACUCAUGUGUCUACAGCUCCUCAGGGAACCCCAGGAUACGUGGAUCCCCAAUAUCACCAUUGUUACCAAUUAACGGAUAAGAGUGAUGUUUACAGCUUUGGAGUGGUAUUGAUUGAACUAAUAUCAUCAAUGGUGGCUGUCGAUUUAAGCAGGUCACAAGAUGAGAUUAGUUUGGCUGAUCUAGCUUUGAACAGGAUACAAAGAUGUGCGUUAGAUCAAUUGAUAGACCCGGAUCUAGGAUCCGAUUCAGAUGCUGAAAUCAUGAGGAUGAUAACAUCAGUGGCAGAGUUGGCUUUUCAGUGUUUACAGUAUUAUUCAGAAAUGAGGCCUACGAUGAGUGAGGUGUUGGAUGUGUUGGAGGAUAUUCAAGCCCCAGGGAGAAUUGAUUCUAUAAAACCGCCAACACCGUCUGAAACCAGUGAUAAGACGGUUUUGUUGAAAGACUUCCUGCCUUCGCCAGUCUCCGUCACCGGUGAAUGGCAUAGCGAAAGCACCGUGUCAACUACACUAAGCAUUAGAUAG